CGGUCUUGCGUGUUCCAACGGUUUAUUAGGUAUCUAAGCUGUCUAAUCACUUCAUUCACUGCCUCUUCCGUGGUCAUUACAAUAUUAUGAAAUAUGAAUAGACUUUGUCGGGUUCGGAUUUUAUACUUGUCUUUUAUACUUGUCAUGUUAAAAAAAAAAAAAAAAGUCGUUCGAUUAGUCGACUAAUUGAAAAAAUAAUCGCUAGAUUAGUCGUUAGAAAAAUAAUCGUUUGGGACAGCUAUAGUGCUUUUUGAGGAUGAGCUAUCAGUUUUUAUUACACGAAGAAGAGAUGCGAUAAUAGGAAUUAAAUGGCGAAGCGAAAGACGCGCUAAUGCCAAUUACUAAGGAACGGAAAAGGGUAGAAUCAAACUUUUUUUCUAGAAGAAAGAAGAGAUCCUACUAUUUCUUAUGGUGGUUUCAGAGUUUACAACACAGCCCCCUCCACACACAAACACAUACACACACUGACACAGGCACACGGCCCGACAAUCAAUCCAGAAUACCUAGACAUGAAUGAAAAAUGUGUUGCAUAAUGUUUGAGCCACUACAGGAUAGUUUAUACAUGCUGAAAUAAUAAAGCAUUAUUAAAUACAGCUAGCUUUUUUGUUUACUCUUAAUCUAUUAGGCUGCAGCUUUGUGGCAGUUUUCUUUAUUGUAAUUCUGCACCAUAAAUGAUAGUUUGACUAUCAUAAUAAUAUAUACAGGCUCUAUAUGGUAUGACUAUAAACUUUAUAGGCUGUGUUCACAGACACCUGUCUUUCUGGUUUGUGUGUGCAAUACACAUUGUUUGAAUGUAAACAGCAGUGCAAUAAACUUAAAACAUGGCCUGCUCUUGGGUUUUUCCUUGCAAAGGUGGAGAAGGAACCAGCAGCAGCACUGGUACCCCAAGUGCUCCUGCAGAACUGGAGAGUGUUGGUACACAGUCAGAAACAGAGCAGGACCUCCCAGAGCAACCAGACGUUGAAGUUGAGGAAGAGGGAGAGAGAGACAGGUUCAGAGUCCAGCACAGGAGAAAAUGAAAGGGAGAAAACAGAACAUUAAUUUGAUUAUUUUGCCCGCCCUCAGCCCAAGGACUAUGACUUAUUUUUUAAGAACCACCCAAAACAAACCACUCAAAGAAUCAUCCCUAAUGUAUUCAAUUCCAAAGAUGGCACCAACAGAAAAUGGCUGACAUACAAUGAAGGAACUCACUCCUUGUUCUGUUCAGUAUGUCUAGCAUUUGCAAAACCCUCUGCCAGUGAAAGUACAUUUGCCAAAGGAGGGAUGCAUGAUUGGAAACAUGCCCAUCAGAGGGUACAGGAGCAUGAGAGAAGCAAGACUCACAGAGAGAGUGCAGAAGCCUUUUUUCUCAGAGCCAGCAGGGCAGACAUUUGUAGCCUUUUGAGUGACAAACAAAUGUAUAUUCAAAGAGAGCAGAUCAGAAAGAGGAGGCAGGUCAUGGAACUUGUCAUAAAUGUAGUAAAAGUUAUCGGUAAAUGCGGGCUUAGCUACACAGCCAAGAAGCUGCGUAUACAUUGGAAAACAUCGCCAGCAACCAUGGCUACUUUCUUGAACUAAUUUUGUUGCUGAGCAAAUAUGAUGUCUGCCUACAAGAGCACGUUAAGGAUUGUAUUGAGAAGAGUAAAAAACAGAUGGGAAGUAAAGGAAGAGGGUCAUUGGUAACAAUGAUGUCCAAAACGACAGUAAAUAAAGUUAUUGAAGUCAUCAGGUCAUUGAUUCAGCAGACAAUUGCUGUUGAAGUGAAAAGGGCAGGGAUGUUCUCUGUACAACUGGACACAACACAGGAUUUGACAUCCAAAGACCAAUGUGCAGUAGUUCUGCGAUAUGUCACUACUGUUGUCCAUGAGAGACUCAUUGCUGUCAUUGACUGUGAGUCAUCAACUGGACAGUACUUUGUGGACCUUGUAAAAGAGACACUCGCAACGAUGGACAUAGACAUCAAACAUUGCAUUGGCAAUGCAACAGAUGGAGCAGCUAAUAUGCAGGGAAAAUACAGAGGCUUCUCUGCAUUGAUUACAGAAGUAUCUCCCAACCAAGUCCACAUUUGGUGUUACUCACACAUCCUAAAUCUUGUGCUGAGUGACACCACUCGGGUUGUUGUUGCAAGCGAAUCCCUUUUCUGUCUCCUGAACGACAUUGCAGUGUUAAUUCGAGACUCCUAUAAGCGCAUGCACCUAUGGGAGGAAACCACUGAGGACAAGAGACGCAGGCGGCUAGGUGUCAUUGGUGAAACACGCUGGUGGGCUAAAGAUGAAGCAUUGAAGAAAGUCUUCGGAGGCUUUGCAAAGCCCAACCAGGCACUCUACACAGAUGUCAUCAUCACUAUGGAGAAAAUUGAAAAGGACAUGACCAUAAAACCUUCUACCCGAAGCAAGGCCCAAGGGUACAAAGAUGCUCUGCUAAGGUAUGAGACGAUUCUCACAGCUGAGAUUUAUCUCAGGAUCUUUGAGAACACAUCCCCUCUCUCGAAAUAUUUGCAAACAAGUGGGAUAGAUUUUGUGACAGCACAACACCUUGUGACUGGAACAGAGGAUAAUCUGAGAAAGUAUGCAAGAGACUUUCAGAGUGUGAAGAAGGCAGCAGACAACUUUGUUGAGUGGGCCAAUGGCAUUCUGGAAGAACAGCAGAACCGUGAUGCUGAAGCUCAAACUGCUCUGCCAGAGAAGAGAACAAAAAAAAAAGAAGAGAAGGCCAGGUGAUUUGGCAGAAGAUGACCUCAUUGCUAAUGCUGACAAAAAUUAUGAAAUCAAAAUCCACAAUGUGAUACUGGACACUGUUGUGGAAAGUAUCCACCAUCGUUAUGCAGCAAAUACAGUGCUCUGUGCAGAUGUCUCCUGCAUGGAUCCUAAACGCUUUCCUGAAAUCAGAGAAAAGGGCCUUCCAAACACAGCCAUGAAGGAGCUCAGCAAAUGCUUGUUGAAAUUUGAUGACCGUGCCACUGUUGAAGCAUUGCAGGCUGAACUGACCAGCCUUGCACAACACUGGGAAAGACUCAAACAAUCACUACAAGAGGAGUACAACACCAGGGCUGCCACCACCAGUGAUGACUCUGGAGAGGAUCUUGAUGAAAGUGUGGAGUUUGUGAGCACAAGUUGUUCAACCUGUAAAAACUGCCUGGUAUGCUGCUAUUUACUCCUGUCACAGUACAAUCUGCUCACAGAUGCAUAUCAUAUCAUUGGUUUGGGCUACAAGUUCAUCCUCACACUAUCAGUCUCACAGGUGGCCUGUGAGAGGACCUUCUCUACUCUGAAACUUGUGAAGAAUCGCCUGAGAACCUCUCUCAAUCAAGAGAACUUAGAAGCAUUCAUGCUGAUGGCAACAGAGAAGGAGAUUCUAAUGGCCCUUGACAAAGAUGACAUUAUUGAAAAGAUGGCAGAGAGCAGUGAGCUACUGCGCCGCCUACUGGUUUACUAGGGAUAAUCGCUGACUGGUUACUCUUAGUGAUCUACUUUAUUGACACUAAUGAGUGAAUAUUGUAUUCUAAGUUCUUCUUUGUUGUUCUUACAUUGUUGCUUGUUAAAUUUAAAGAAAUUAUUAUAUUCCAGUUUUGAUAAAUGUUUUAUAUGUUUGAUGCUUGAAAGUAAAGUUAAUUAUUGAACAUCCAAGCUAGUAUUUGUCUCUCUUUUUACAAAUAUAGGCCCAUUGUUUUGUGUGUCUUGCUUUGUACAUUUGUGUAUCCUAUGGCUGCUGUCCUCUAUAUUUUUUGAGUAUUCAUCCAUUGCUAUAACAUUUGAAAACAGGGUUUUCAAUGAAAAUCAUAUAUUCAAAUAGAUAACUCAUCGGUCACUCCUAAAUCUCUUUUAACUAUCAAAUAGUGUUAGAAUACACAACUAGAGGUAUGGUGGUCUGCAUGAGAAGGGUGGCCUGGAAUGGCAUCAAAUUCCCGGCCUGAAUUAUUGUCCCAGUCCACCACUGGCUGCCGUUGAGUACGGGGAGUGUCCUUCGAUCCACACUUCACGAUUAGCCCGUUUUGAAUACGGCAUCCGGGUCCUUGAAGUAUACUUCUUUUCGCCGGAUCUGA